AAAAUUAUGACUUACUUGUUUGACUUUCCACAUGGACCAAAGCCUGGAAGUGCCCAUCGGCCCUGGCAGUCCUACUUCGACCUGAUCCUGGUGGAUGCGCGAAAACCCCUCUUCUUUGGGGAAGGCACCGUGUUGCGGCAGGUGGACACGGUGACUGGGAAGCUGAAGAUUGGUACCUACACUGGCCCACUGCAGCACGGCAUCGUGUACUCAGGAGGCUCUUCGGACACCGUCUGUGACCUGCUGGGGGCCAAAGGGAAGGAUAUCUUGUACAUCGGAGAUCAUAUCUUUGGAGACAUCCUCAAGUCCAAGAAGCGCCAGGGCUGGAGAACCUUCCUGGUGAUCCCCGAGCUGGCGCAGGAGCUGCACGUCUGGACAGACAAAAGUGCCCUUUUUGAAGAACUGCAGAGCCUGGAUAUUUUCUUGGCCGAACUAUACAAGCAUCUGGACAGCAGCAGCAAUGAACGCCCUGACAUCAGCUCCAUCCAGAGACGCAUUAAGAAAGUGACCCACGACAUGGACAUGUGCUAUGGGAUGAUGGGGAGCCUCUUCCGCAGCGGCUCUCGGCAGACCCUGUUUGCCAGCCAGGUGAUGCGCUACGCCGAUCUCUAUGCAGCCUCCUUCAUCAACCUCCUUUACUACCCCUUCAGCUACCUCUUCAGAGCCGCCCACGUCCUGAUGCCACAUGAGUCCACGGUAGAGCACACGCAUGUUGACAUCAAUGAGAAGGAGUCGCCGAUGGCCACACGCAAUCGCACCUCAGUGGAUUUUAAAGAUUCUGACUACAAACGGCAUCAGCUGACCCGCUCCAUCAGUGAGAUCAAACCGCCCAACCUCUUCCCCCAGGCACCUCAGGAAAUCACACAUUGCCACGAUGAAGAUGACGAUGAGGAAGAGGAAGAGGAGGAGGAAGAGGAAGAGGAAUAAGAAGGAAAAAGCAAAGCGUCUCUGAAGAUAAACCAUGACUCUAGCAGUGAUCAGGAGCGGAUUCCUUUGUUGGGGCCCUUGGGGUGAUGGGUUGGGGGGGGUGUGAUUCUUGCAGAGGCACAUUUUGAAAGUGUCCGGAAACUUCUAACAAAUUAACACUAAUUAGGAGGAGACCCUUGUUUUCAGUUUUGCAGACGGUUCAAAAAGCUGAUAAGAUUCUGCCUGGAUGAUGCGUUCAGAUUGGACUGCCCACCUGUGCUGUCGUGCUGCUCCCAUUACAUUUAGGGAUGCUGCAUGUUUCUCCCUUUCUCGUGAUGAUGUUUCAUUUGAUUUU